GUUAUAUUUGAGCGGUGAUGACAACGACAACUGCGCUUGGAGUCCGGAUGCCAUCUACUUCAACCAUUCAGCAUCGGGGAGCAGGGCUGGGUGCGGCGCAGCGACGGGACGAUCAUGGGCACGGACUACGCGGACGAUUUAGAUCCGAGACCCGGGACCACGAAGUCGGAACUGUAUCAGUGCGUGGAGAGUGGGUGCGUCCCAUACCGUCACGUCCCAAUUCAUCAGGUGCUGCAAAACUGGGCGGAACGGGUGCGAGAGGGGGACUGGGCGGUAGAUGAGAAUGGGGUGUCGGGGGGGAUUGGAAAGUGGAGGGAGGCGGAUACAGAGGAGGCGUGCCGUUGGGGAUUUAUUAGAAUAGAUGUGUCAGUCAACCUCCUUCAUCUCCAGCCGGAUAGGCACCUGACGUUGCCUGUCUUUUAUCGUCAUUACCCACAAUUUGCCGCCCUGUACGACCAGGACCUGACGCAGCCGCCCUCGGACACGACCGCUAAUCUGAUGCACUCGAACGCAUUCCUGAUGAAUGUCCUGGUCGUCGCAGAUCUGUCUUCAACCCGAUCAACCUCCUGGGUCACGCGAACUGGGCAGGAGGACAUCGACCAAGCCUUCUCCUGGAUCAGGGGGCAGGCAAUCCACCAAUCAAUCCUCCAUCGGAAGGAUGAAGUGGCUCUACUGCUCUUCGCUAUAUGGUUACGUGAGAUGCAGGAGUUGGAUCUCUGGUGGAUGCGCGACCGGGCGCGGAAUGAAUGCCGCUCGAUUUGCGGGAUGCUGCCUGCGCAGUGAGGAUUGGCGCAUUUGCGGGCUGGCAGAGUAUCUCACGGAGCGAUUAGUGGUAUGAUUGGCUUUUCUAAUUGCAAAGACUGCUCUGUAUCUUGGGCGAAUAGAAUACCAGUAACUGUACUCCGUAAUAAGAUCUGUAAUGACCAUCCGGGGUUACAUCGGGUAUCGGCCCGGGCCCGAAAGAUGGAGCCUUUCGCUUGUGCACUCACGUGGUUUUCGAUGACCUU